GAAAUAUCUAAAAAAAAAAAAAGGGUAAAAAGGACAAUCUGGACCGUCUUUUUCCUUUGGGAAACGACGAAACAACAACAUGAUCGCUCGUCAGUUAUCGAGUUUUUUAAAAAAUGCGCAUUUGUCGAAAAAGUUUCCUGUUCGUAAUUAUGCUCAAGUUCUCGCAGGAGACAUUUUGAAUAAAAAAAUACCAAUAUCCAAUUUUGAAAAAGAUAAAUAUAUUAAUUAUAAAAGGAUUCAAGAUAAUUUGACUACAGUUAAAAAAAGGCUUGACAGGCCAUUGACACUAUCCGAAAAAAUUCUAUAUAGUCAUUUGGAUGAUCCUCAUGGACAAGAUAUAAAACGUGGUGUAUCAUACCUCAGAUUACGUCCCGACCGCGUUGCCUGUCAAGACGCUACAGCACAAAUGGCCCUCCUUCAAUUCAUGUCUGCCGGUAUGCCAGAGGUUGCAGUACCUACAACCGUACACUGUGAUCACUUAAUUGAAGCUCAAAUCGGCGGCGAAAAGGAUUUGGACCGUGCAAUAAAAUUGAAUAAAGAGGUAUAUGAUUUCUUGGCAUCAGCUUCUGCUAAAUAUAAUAUUGGUUUUUGGCGUCCCGGUUCUGGAAUUAUUCAUCAAAUUAUAUUGGAGAAUUAUGCCUUCCCGGGUGGUCUUAUGAUUGGCACUGAUUCUCACACGCCUAACGCUGGUGGUUUGGGUAUGGUUGCCAUUGGUGUUGGUGGUGCUGAUGCUGUCGAUGUCAUGGCCAAUAUUCCAUGGGAAUUGAAAUGUCCAAAUGUGAUUGGUGUUAAAUUGACCGGUUCAAUAAGUGGUUGGACUGCUCCUAAAGACGUUAUUCUUAAAGUAGCCGGUAUUUUGACAGUCAAAGGAGGUACAGGUGCUAUUGUUGAAUAUUUUGGUCCCGGUGUUGAAUCUUUAUCUUGCACUGGUAUGGCUACAAUCUGCAACAUGGGUGCUGAAAUUGGUGCCACUACAUCACUUUUCCCCUCUAAUAAACGUAUGGUUGAUUUUCUCCGAGCCACAAAACGUGAAGAAAUUGCAUCUUUCUCUGAAUCCUUUGCCCAUAACUUGCGUGCUGAUGAAGGUGCGCAGUAUGAUCAACUUAUAGAAAUCAAUUUAUCAGAAUUAGAGCCUCAUAUCAAUGGUCCAUUCACACCUGAUCUUGCCACUCCUAUAAGUAAAUUUAAAGAUGAGGUAGUAAAGAAUGACUGGCCAGCGGAAUUGAAAGUUGGUUUAAUUGGUUCAUGUACAAAUUCAUCAUACGAAGAUAUGUCUCGGGCCGCUUCAUUAGCAAAACAAGCCAUUGAUCAUGGAAUAAAAGCAAAAUCGACGUUCACGAUUACACCUGGAUCUGAGCAAAUUCGGGCUACUAUUGCACGUGACGGCCAGGAAAAAGUACUAAAGGAUGUUGGUGGCAUUGUUCUUGCUAACGCCUGUGGUCCUUGUAUUGGGCAAUGGGAUCGGCAGGAUGUUAAAAAAGGCGAAAAGAAUUCCAUCAUUACAUCAUAUAAUAGAAAUUUUACGGGACGUAAUGAUGCUAAUCCUGCCACUCAUGCAUUUGUAGCAUCUCCAGAUAUUGUAACUGCAUUUGUUUUCGCAGGUGAUCUUCGUUUCAAUCCACUAACUGAUACACUCAUAGAUGCAAAUGGAAAGCCUUUCAAAUUUACGGGUCCAACUGGUGACGAGUUACCCGUAAAAGGUUAUGACCCUGGUCAAGAUACUUACAAAGAACCUCCAGCGGAUCGUUCAUCUGUUAAGGUAGAAGUGGAUCCAAAAAGUAACCGACUUCAAUUAUUGCAACCAUUUUCAAAAUGGAACGGAAAGGAUUUUGAAGAAUUUCCUAUUUUAAUUAAAGUCAAAGGCAAAUGUACCACUGACCACAUUUCUAUGGCUGGUCCUUGGUUGAAAUUCAGAGGGCAUUUAGAUAACAUUUCAAAUAACAUGUUAAUCGGUGCUAUCAACGCUGAGAAUAACACUGCUAAUAGUGUCAAAAAUAUUUUCACCGGAGAAUAUGAUGCUGUUCCUAACGUUGCUCGUGAUUAUAAAUCCAAAAAUACUCCUUGGGUUGUUAUUGGUGAUGAUAAUUAUGGCGAGGGUUCAUCGCGUGAACACGCUGCUCUCGAAGUACGACAUUUGGGAGGCGCAGCAGUAAUUGUAAAAUCAUUCGCUCGUAUUCAUGAGACUAACCUUAAGAAACAAGGGCUUUUGCCACUUACAUUCGCCAACCCAUCUGAUUACGAUAAGAUCGACCCAUUAGAUAAAGUAUCCAUUGUUGGUCUUACUACUUUUGCUCCCGGUAAACCUUUAACGCUUAGAGUUCAUAAGAAAACUGGAGAAACGGUAGAUAUUACUGUUAAACAUACAUUUAAUGAAAAUCAAAUCGAAUGGUUUAAAGCAGGAUCGGCUUUGAAUCGCAUGGCUGAAAAACAUCAAAAUUAAAAAAAAAUUAAAAGUAAAAAAAUGUGUAUUUCGAAAAAGCAAUAAUUGCAAUUUUGUAUAAUAUGAUAAGAUAAUAUGUUUGUUUAGUUGUUAAUAAAAAAAAUAUAUAUAUUUGAUUUUAUUCAAUAUUGUGAAGAAAUUAUUUUGUAAAUUAACAUCAAAUUAUCCAUGAUAAAAUUCAUACAAAAAACAAAAGGUAAG